AUGCAAGUUGAAGGUUCUGAUCCUCCUAUAAAGUUUUUUCUACCCGAUGAUAAUGAAUAUGAUUCUGAAGAAACUCUUGAUCUUUUUGGAUAUGAUUUGGUUAAAAUGUUAGAUGAAGAGCAAAAUAAAACAUUAUCAAGUGAUAUAGAGAUGGAAGAAGAUGAUGAUGUUUUAUUGGAAGAAGAAGACAAAAAUCUUAUAACACAUGAUGAAUUAAGUAAUUGUAAAUAUAGCGGAGAAGGACAACAAAGCAUUAAAGUUUUUUUUAAACCUAAAAAAAGUAAAAAUGAAGACGAAAAUAUAAUUGUCAAAAAAGUUCCAUAUAAGGAUUAUGUGAAGAAAAGUAUCGAGAAUAUGUACUUAAUAGUUCUACUGAAUUUAGAGGAUCAGUUAGACCUGACAUAG